GUUGAAAUUGUUUGCGAGCAAGUGUUUCAAAACAUUUCUCUCCUGCUAGAAAUGUCGAGAAUUAUCAAUACCUUCAAAUGGAUACGAAAAAAUCCUAAAAAGUCUAUAUUCUUCUUUUCAGUAGGAGCAUAUGCUGUAGAUUAUAUCCGUGAAAAAUAUUUAAUUAAUCAGCUUAUGCGAAAAUAUUGUAUGGAAGCCAAAGAAUAUGGUAAUGUGAAAGUUCCAACAUCUGCUACGAUGAAGAAAGUGUUGGUCAUUCUUAAUCCAGCAGCUAAUAAAAGGAAAGCAGAGGAAAAUUUCGAGAAAUUUUGUGCUCCGAUUCUUCAUCUCGCUGGAUUUCAGGUUGAAAUUCAGAAAACACAAUCUGAUCAGCAUGCGAUUCGUAUGAUUGAAGAUGAACUCAACGAAUAUCCUGACGCCAUUGUCAUUGCUGGAGGUGAUGGCACAAUAUCGGAAGCUGUAACAGGUUUAUUGCGUAAGGCGGAAAAUGAUCCAAAAGUUCCACCUGUUGGAGUUCUUCCUGUAGGAAAAACCAAUCAAUUUAGUUUAAUGCUUUUUAAUGCUGAUGGAAUUCCUACGAAUAAAGUAGACGAAGUUAGAUCAAUGGCAACAGCAGCACUUUCUGUUGUUAAGGGAAAAACUGAGCAAAAAGACAUAAUGAAGAUUCAAUUAAUUUCAGACCAUGAAAAUACUGAAAGUGAACCGAAAAAACCUUUCUAUGCUGUUGGUAGUCUAAUCUGGGGAUCAUUUAAUGAUAUUUUAAGAAAAAAAGAUCGAUACUGGGUAACUGGGUCACUCAGAAAUUAUACUGCUUUCUUGUUCAACGGUUUUGGAAGGAAAGACGUUCAAUGGGAUUGUAAAGCGAAAAUGAUUUACUCGGAUCCAUGUGCCGGAUGUUCGAAUUGCUACGAAAAGGUUGAAAGCAAAACUCAAAGGCUACACAGCACACGUUGGUGGUCUAAAUUUAAUGCUACGGAAAAAGCUCCCGACUACUCAAAAAUUCUAAAUCCGGAUUGUCUCACCACUCAUGAAGAAGUCAUCAAUUCAUCAGAAGUCGUUAUCGCUACAAACACUGCUGAAGGAAUUCCAGAUAAGGAUUCUAAGUUAAACAUAAAAUUAAAUGUUAAAUCAGAUGAUUAUGGAUUCGAAUAUAUCUGGAAUAGUUGGAAAAGAGUGCGGGAUCGUCGAUACCUUGACAUACCACAAAAUAAAUUGCUUCAGGCAAGAACACUCGUUCUCCUUCCUGAAACAGUUCAUGACGAUAGCAAAGAAGUUUAUUACUCAAUUGAUAAUGAACCAUACGAGUUAAUGCCGAUAAAAAUUACAUUACUUCCAAAACGAUUACAAUUCUUCACUUUGUAAUAUUUAAAAAUAUUUCCAAGAGAAUAAAUAGAAAACUUUGAAGUA